UAAAAGGCACCUCAGCGCCCUCCUCAACAUUGAAAGGACUCAGCUCCAGGACCACACUAGCCUCAAACGCAACUCUCCCCUUCGGAAUCAUAUUUCACUCCCAGGUGCCAUCAUGGUUUCUACUAUCACCCGCACCGCAGCUCUUCUGUUGCCUGCCAUCGCCGCAGCUUUCCCCGCCCCUCAAGUAUCAGUCCAGAUUGUCGGCGGUGAGGCCGCUGCUGAAGGCGACGUUCCGUUCAUAGUCUCUCUACAGAAAAGCGGCACGCACUUCUGUGGUGGCUCUCUGUUGAAUGCCAACACCGUACUCACAGCAGCUCACUGCUCCCAACAGAGCCCCAGCGGCAUCACAGUCCGCGCAGGAUCCCUUAAAUGGGCUUCCGGCGGUGUCACCUCUGAAGUCUCUGAGAUCAUCGUUCAUCCCGCAUAUAGCAAGGCCAUCAAGCUUGACUCAGAUGUCGCAAUCUGGAAACUCUCAACCCCGAUCGAAGGUAUCGCCUACGCCUCGCUCCCUGAAGCGGGUUCCUCUCCUGCGACUGGGUCAACCGUGACUGUUGCUGGUUGGGGUACGACUAAGGAAGGCGUCAGUGGCGCCCCUGAGAGCCUGCGGAAGGUCGAUUUGCCAGUCAUCUCUCCUGGGGAGUGCAAGGCCGAGUACGGCGACGCAAAAAUCAGUAACACUAUGUUGUGUGCCGGGCCCACGGAAGGUGGCAAGGACUCGUGCCAGGGCGACAGCGGUGGUCCUCUCUUCGAUGCGAGCAAGACGCUUGUUGGUGUUGUGUCGUGGGGUCAAGGCUGUGCUCGGCCAGGCUUUGUGGGUGUCUAUGCCAACACUGGUGUUCUCGAGGACUUCAUCAAGAGUCACUUGUAAAUAGAUGAUGGAUGGGAUAGUGUGGUGUGAUUGGACGAGGUCGAUAAGAAUUGUGGACGCAUAUCAGGAUCAUGACGAGCAGUAAUGACU